AAAAGCCAUUUAAUGGGAGGAAGUAUUUGGUGUAGCAGUUGGACCAAUUCCUUGAAUUUUCCAUAACCACAAUUCUCAAUUCCUCCCAAUCCAUUUAUAUUCACUCAAUCAAAUUCUUCAAUUUCAUCCAACAAUCAUUCAUUUCAAAUGGAAGAUUCAAUUCCAAACACCCUCAAAGAAUCAGUAGAAUCCUUGAAUUUCCUCAGCUCUGAUUUAAUCCAACUCAUCUUAUCCCACCUCCCAAUCCGCUCAAUCAUCCGUUGCUCCGCGGUUUGCAAACUCUGGCACGCGAUCACCACCGCCUCGUCGUUCUCCCCCACCGCCACCAACACCCCGUGGUUCUUCCUCUACGGCCGUAACAACAUUUUUGUCAAAAAAAACCAAGCCUUCGCUUUCGACCCGUAUUCAAACGAGUGGAUCAAACUCCCGCCAAAUCUCUUCCCGCCUUCAAUUUCGCACGAAUCGUCGUUCAUUGGAUCCGACGGGUUUUUCUUCAACACGGCCGCGAAUAAUUUUAGUUUUUCUCCAAUUUUGAAACCCUUGUGGCGGGAAACCACGCCUUUAAAAUUCUCACGGUUAAACCCACUAGUGGGUGUUAUUAACGAGGCCGGCUCGAAUUUGAAUAAUUUAAAAAAUUAUUCAAAUUCGAGUUUGCCUCACAUUAUUGUUGUUGGUGGAGUUAGAUUUAUUGGUGGAUUAGUUGACAUUGAAGACAAUCUAGCCGUUGAAAUUUAUAACCCUAAUUUAAAUUCGUGGGCCCACUGCCCGCCGCUGCCCGUAGAUUUUCGGGCAGCGAAUUCGUCACAAUCAUUAUCGUCCGCUUUGAUCAAAUCAAAAUUUUACGUAUUCGGAAUUUAUUCUUGUUUCAUAUCAUCAUUCGAUUUGAUUAAUCGAGUUUGGAGUGAUGUUCAAACGCUUCGGCCACCGGGAGUUAUCAUUUCGUUUAUAAUAUCUUGCCGAAACCAACUAAUGUUGGCCGGAGUUUGCAACGCUUGUGGUGGACCGUCGUUUAAUGUUUGGAAAAUUGAUGAAUCGACGUCGGAGUUUAGUGAGGUUGCGAUUAUGCCGGAUGAUUUGCUCGAGUGGUUGUUUGAUGGUGAUGAAGAUGAUAAGUAUGCUAGCUUGAAAUGUGUGGGAUUUGGGGGGUUUAUAUUUGUGUUUAAUGAAGAACAUCGCCGGAAUUACCCCGCUUGUGUGUGUGAAAUCGGGGCGGGUUCUAGUGAGUGUAGGUGGAGGAGGGUGCCAGAGUUGCCGGAGCCGGUGAACAGGUUCCACAAGGUUAUUGGAUUCUGCUCAACUGUUUCUUUUAGUCAGCUGAUAGAUGGUGAAAUUGGAUAGAUCAUAAGGGUGACCGGAGUGAACACGAGGCGAGAGAAAAGUUUCAACUCCCAUAUGGAGGGGCCAGUGUUCCCUCACCUCGUGCACUCCUUUACAGCGCUUGAUUUCCCGCUCUCUCACAAGCGAUUGACUCAAUCAAGGAGUACUUCCCGAUUCUCCAACCUUAUUCCUAAGCUCAUAUCCGACGUAGAGUGAUUUGGUACGAGGUCCCGAUGGUGCUUUCAGGGUGGACUCUGUCUAGCCUAAUUUUCCACCUUAUUGUUGCACUUUUUUAAGACUUUGUAAAUAGCAAGUACAAUCUUUUUUCAUGAAGUAGUGCUAUUUUAGUGAAAUAAUCAACUAUCGGUUGUUAAUUUUAA